GGAGCCGAUGGGGUCGGCCCGGGGGUCCCGGGGGAAGUGGAGGUCGUGAAGGGGCAGCCGUUCGACGUGGGCCCGCGCUACACGCAGCUGCAGUACAUCGGCGAGGGGGCGUACGGCAUGGUCAGCUCCGCUUAUGACCACGUGCGUAAGACUCGGGUGGCCAUCAAGAAGAUCAGCCCCUUUGAGCAUCAGACCUACUGCCAGCGCACGCUCCGGGAGAUCCAGAUCCUGCUGCGCUUCCGCCAUGAGAAUGUCAUAGGCAUCCGAGACAUUCUUCGGGCACCCACACUGGAAGCCAUGAGGGAUGUCUACAUUGUUCAGGACCUGAUGGAGACAGAUCUAUACAAAUUGCUCAAAAGCCAGCAGCUGAGCAAUGACCACAUCUGCUACUUCCUCUACCAGAUCUUGCGCGGCCUCAAGUAUAUCCACUCGGCCAAUGUGCUCCACCGGGACCUGAAGCCCUCCAACCUGCUCAUCAACACCAACUGCGACCUUAAGAUAUGCGAUUUCGGCCUGGCCCGCAUUGCAGAUCCUGAACAUGACCACACGGGCUUUCUGACGGAAUAUGUGGCCACACGCUGGUACCGGGCCCCCGAGAUCAUGCUUAACUCCAAGGGCUAUACCAAGUCCAUCGACAUCUGGUCUGUGGGCUGCAUUCUGGCUGAAAUGCUCUCCAAUCGGCCCAUCUUCCCUGGCAAGCACUACCUGGACCAGCUCAACCACAUUCUGGGUAUCCUGGGCUCCCCAUCCCAGGAAGACCUGAACUGUAUCAUCAACAUGAAGGCUCGAAACUACCUACAGUCUCUGCCAUCCAAGACCAAGGUGGCCUGGGCCAAGCUCUUUCCCAAGUCAGACUCCAAAGCUCUUGACCUGCUGGAUCGGAUGUUAACCUUCAAUCCCAACAAGCGGAUCACCGUGGAGGAAGCCCUGGCCCACCCCUACCUGGAGCAGUACUACGAUCCCACGGAUGAGCCAGUGGCUGAGGAGCCCUUCACUUUCGACAUGGAGCUGGAUGACCUACCCAAGGAGCGGCUGAAGGAGCUCAUCUUCCAGGAGACAGCCCGCUUCCAGCCAGGGGGCCCAGACGCCCCUUAACCCAGUCAGAAAUCCCUGUUCCUCAGGGUCUGGCCCUACCACCUGCCCACUCUCCCCUGCCGGACUGUUAGAAAAUGGACACUGUGCUCAGCCCAGACCCCAGUAGCUCGGCCAGGCCAAAGCUGGGCCUGGCCACCUUCUCAUCCUUUGCUGGGGUCUCCUGCUUGAGGCAGGCCAAGGUUCCCUUUCACCCCACUCCUUCCUCUUCUUCCCGAGGGCCUGAGAGGCUCAGAGGCUCCAGAGUAAAAACUUACCCAGGCUAGCCCAAGGCUAGCCCACUCUGCAGUGCAAGGGCUGUGGCUACCCCAGUACCCAGGGGCUGGGGUGCUGAGUAGGGACUCAGGACAAGGCCUCCCCACUCACCCCAUUAGAACCCCACCCCCUUUUCCCUGUGGGACCCUUCCCAAGUCUCAAGGGCUAGUAUCCCUGAGGAGCUGGGCCCCGGGCCUUUCCCUCCCUCCCCCUCUCCCCCCCUCCCCAAAAGCUGCCACAUUUAACGCCUCGCUGCUUCUGUGUGUGGGCGAGGAGCGGACAUGGGCCCCGCAGAGCCGGCGCCCUCCCCCCGCUCCGCGAGCCUGUAUCUAAUAUAUAAAUACAGA